AUCCCUCAUGCCUUGGUGCAGCCAAAAACAAAAACAAAAACAAAAAAAAACCAACACUGCUUUAUUGAUUUUGUUGCUCAGCGUUCCUGCUUUGGCCACGAGGGGCUCUUUGAUUUGCCUUUGUGUCCCAUUUUCACAGUCCCAUUGACUUUGGUUCCUGCCUGACACCUCAGGGUGGUCCAGGCUCAUUGUUGAGUUUCUGGCGCCAUCUUAGAAGCAGCUGUUCAUCCCCGAGUCAGGGACCAUUUUAGGUAGGAAACAGCGGCAGAGGCCACUUGGAACAGAAUCCUGCUUGUGCUUCCUAGGAUGUUCUGUACCAGCGGGUGCCUGGGAGGACCUGGAGGGCAGGAGGGGCUUCCAGAGCUGGCUCAGGGGGGCAUCUGCCUCGUUUGCAUCAUUUUACAGGAAAGCAUAUUGAUUCAUUGGGUGAUUUUAAAGCAAGGGAUACCUCCAAGCAUACCGGUGCCCAGUGGCAUCUCCGUGACACCAGUCCUUCAUCCUCUUUUCCUCCUGGUGCCCUCCGUGUGGUUGGCUGAGCUCUGAGUGCGCCUGCACUAGGAGGUUAAAGGACUGAGUCUCCCGCCGUCCUGAGCAGGCCUGGAAUGGGUAAUGGUGUGAAGGAAGGCGUGGUGCGUUUGCGUGAGGAUGCCGAGCCCAUCCUGCCCGCUCAUGUGUCUUCAAAGGCCCCUGAGGGCGCCUGGUCCGAGCAGACUUCACAGAUUCCCGGGAUCACUGAGCUACCUGCUCCUCACCAGCCUUGCACGCUGCAGAGUGAGGACAUGUGGGGCGUGUCCAGAAGAGCACUUCCAGAAAGUUCUGUGGCUGAGUCAGCAGCGGGGAUGGAGACUCCAACCCGAUGAGCAGACUGAUCACAGGCAAGUUCUUAGCUCCCUCCUGUCAGGGGCCCUGGCUGGCGCUCUUGCCAAAACGGCGGUAGCUCCCCUGGACCGAACCAAAAUAAUCUUCCAAGUGUCCUCGAAAAGAUUUUCUGCCAAGGCACCAGGGCCAAGCCCACCCAUCUGCACCCUGAGCUCUGCCUGGACACAGCCCACCCUGGGAAUUGACGGGAGACCCGCCCCCCGCAUCCUUGGGGUAGUGGAGGCCUUCCGGGUCCUCUACUUCACCUACCUCAACGAAGGCUUCCUCAGCCUGUGGCGCGGAAACUCGGCCACCAUGGUGCGCGUGGUGCCCUACGCCGCCAUCCAGUUCAGCGCGCACGAGGAGUACAAGCGCCUGCUGGGCAGCUACUACGGCUUCCGCGGAGAAGCCCUGCCCCCUUGGCCCCGCCUCCUCGCUGGUGCACUGGCUGGAACGACGGCCGCUUCGCUGACCUACCCCCUGGACCUGGUCAGGGCACGGAUGGCCGUGACCCCAAAGGAAAUGUAUAGCAACAUCUUUCACGUCUUCAUCCGCAUCUCCCGAGAAGAGGGGCUGAAGACCCUCUACCACGGAUUCAUUCCCACCGUGCUGGGGGUCAUUCCCUACGCCGGCCUGAGCUUCUUCACCUACGAGACACUCAAGAGCCUGCACAGAGAGUACAGUGGCCGCCUGCAGCCCUACCCCUUUGAGCGCAUGAUCUUCGGGGCCUGCGCGGGCCUCAUCGGGCAGUCGGCCUCCUACCCGCUGGACGUGGUGCGGCGGCGCAUGCAGACGGCCGGCGUCACGGGCCACCAGCGCACCUCCAUCGCGCGCACGAUGCACACCAUCAUGCGGGAGGAGGGCGUGGUGCGCGGCCUCUACAAAGGCCUGAGCAUGAACUGGCUCAAGGGUCCCAUCGCUGUGGGCAUCAGCUUCACCACCUUUGACCUCAUGCAGAUCCUGCUGCGGCACCUGCAGAGCUAGGGGCCAGUGGGGUCGGCUGCUCUCGAGCUUCAGUUCGCGGUGGACCGCUGACCCCUUCUGUUUCUGAGCCCAGCGAGCAAGGGUGCGCUGGGUUCCACCCAGGAGGUGCGCGGAUGCGCCUUGUGGAACAAGCUGGGGGGCCUGGGCUCAGUGCGCACAGGUCUGAGGGGAAAGCCAGUGGCCCUCGAAGUGCAUUGUUGGGACCAGGGGGCCGGAGUUCCCGUGCUCUCCUCUUCCCGCCUCAGCAGGGCCGGGGCUGCCCCGGGAGGUAUUACCGUGAACGCCCUGAGUGAUGAGGGGCCAGCACUGCUUCCUGGUGCACUCUGUGUCCUUGGACAGGCCCCUGGUUCUAGUGACCUGGUACCCCCUGGGCUCAGAGCCAGACCCCGCCUGCCCCUUGUUGUUCCGAGUCUAUGUCCGUGGUGGGGGCAGCCCCAGAGAGUGUGGGGCUGAGGCCUGGCCUCCUGCCCUGUCCCCAUGAGACCAGCCUCCUGCUCAGCUGUGGCUACAAAUGCAAUCUCUCGCCCCGCCCUGCCUGACCCGCCUUUCCUGCCUUCACCACUUCCCUGGUAACACGACUCCUUGUCUGUCCCAGUCUACAGCUUGGGCACAGCCUUCUCCUAAGAGUGUUACCCCGAUCCCAGACACUAUCCCGGGCCCCUGGGAUUGGCUUCCCCUCUGUUGCGCCCCCCCACGCCCCAGUUUGUAAUGUUCUCAGGAGGGUCACGCCUCCUCCGGGCAACAGGGUUUGAGGAAUUGCCAUGGGUUUGGGUCUGAGCCCCAGCCUGAAGCAUCUGCCUGGGUUGCCAGGAAGCUCUCAUCCCCGCCCCACUGGCUGCACUGAUGGAGGCUGGGCCUCAGGCCCUGACCCUCUGCCCAUAGGUAUGGGGCUCGUGGGGGGGGACCCAUGGCAUCUGGCACAUCCCUGGCUCCCCACCUGAGCAGUUAUUUGGCUGGGACAUGGGGCAAUUUAAGGCCCGUGGGGUUGUCUGAUUUCUCGUGAACGGAGUACAUGGAGGCAGCUGGCCGCCUUGAUUCUCCCAAAGUGAGAGCCCGAGACAGCAUCUGGCCUGGGGGCAGGAAGCUUGGAAGCGUCAGGGUACCCCAGAGAUCUGGUCUCACAGAGGAGGCCCCCCAGGGCCCACCGGGAAUCACAGGGACUUGGAAACACCUGUUUCCUAAUGACGUUUGGAGUUUGGUUUUUUUUGGUUUGGUUUUGCAAUUUGGCUGGCCCUGGGCCUAGACACAGUAAACCCUGACCAGUCCAGUCUGGUUCCAGGACCAGGACCACCAGAGGGUCGGUUUUCACAGUGGGCUCAGUAGCCAUGAUGUGUGAAAGGGUCUGAGAGGGUAUCUUUGUUGCCGCACAUGCAUUUCCAGUUGUGAUUUUCAUUUCCUCCCUUCGUUCUGUCCUGUUUCUGUUUUUCUUGCCUUAGUCCCGUGGGUGUGAAGACCCCUCUUUCUGUCCUUCCUGCAUGUUUCCACCAGCCAGCCCCAGUCUUGUCCCCAGACUCUCAUUCCCGGGGGCCCAAGCAGCCUGUGAUGGCUGUCCCGUUGGGUAAGCAUCCGACCCACCUUCUCCCCCAGCCUUGCCCAGUGCUCAGGAGAGGCAGGGGCGUCCCUCACAGGGAGACAGGAUGGGAACGUGAGGGCCCCCAGGCGAGAACAGCAGGGACUGGCAGUCCACCCCAGGUGGGUGAGACCAAAUAGAUGGUUAGGCAGCACCCUCCUCUGAGCUGCAGGCUGGGCAGGAGCGGGGAGGGUACCCCAGGGUUGCUGGCCCCAGUGUGCCUCCCCAAGGUGGCUCCCAGCCAAGCGAGCCUCGGCAGCACCGCCCCCAACCACCCCCAGCCCUGCACACAGUUGGACCUGCACCCUCGGCAGUCACCCCUCUCACUGAUUGCCUGGCCUGAUUUGGAGUUACAUUUUGACGCCAUGGAGACACUUUGUUUAUAUAUAAUGUUUAUAUAUUUUAAAGAUUUGUGACAAGAGAGUAUAUUUAAUAAAAAUUAAAAUGACUUUU